AUGGCAUUCACAAUCGAGCCGCUCCGCUACCAGAGCAAUAGCAUCGCAUUCGAAUCAUGGGUCACAUUACUUACAGUCUGCCUUGCCCCAUUGAUCGCGCACAUCUUUGCAGGCGCAUCGAGGGUUUCGUAUCUCGUGCCUUCAAGGCCGAGAUGGCAUGACCGCAUGUGCCUCUACAAUCCGAUAUCGAUCAUCUACCGCUAUGCAGCAAUCGUCGAGAGGCGCAUCAGAGCAUACCACUGGGAGUCGAUAGACAUCGCUGGGGCAAAUGCCAUUUUCUGGACUCAAUACGGCUGGGAUGGGUCUGAAAACAUGGUCGUCGCCAGCUUACCCUUCUGUGGCCUUCUUCCCGAUGGCACAACAGUUGGCAUCUCCGUGGAGUUGUUCAAAACCAUUAUCACUACCUUCCAAGGUGCCCAGACCGCGACUAUUCUAUUCGGCGGCCUUAAUGGGGCAGUGUCAUUCGAUGGUUUCUUGGCUAUGGAUUCCAUAUUCAUCUCUCUGGCCCUGCUUGGACUGCUGCGCCUGUUCGCUGCAAUGUGGUUGGUUGAUGACUUCGUAUACUCAGCAAGAAUAUUGACCACUGAAGAUCGAACACCGCCAAUUACCGAAAUACAGAUGCAGCCGAUUGUUUCAAUGGAUAGCUUGCUCCUGGAGCCCGAAAUAUUCGCGACCGCCCAUGAUCGAUAUCACCAUACGUUGAAUUGGCGGAUCGUAUUGUUCCGGACAAUAUAUCUCUCCAUCAUAUUGGGUCUUUGUUUCCUGGCGGGAUCAUGGAUGUUCCGGAGCAAAGUUGGCCACAACCAGACGCCUUACUUGUAUACGACGACGUCAUUCCUCGAUGGAUUGGGCAACUUGCUGAUUAUCUUACCAACAGCAUUGGUUUACGGGUACUACUCCAUCCGUAAUCGAAUGCACUCAACUAUCGUGCCAUGCAUUGCUCACCUUUGGUUCAAGGUACACACGGUUAUAUGUAUCGUCUUUGUGAUGAUGCUCAUUUUCAUAUCGGCCUUGGAGACACGCCAAACACCUUGUGGGCGUUAUACCACGUGGCCCAAGGAUUACAUUGGAGAUGGUUGCACUACGAAAAGUCAGAUACCAGUCAGCGUCAACCGGAAUGCAGAUCUGUCGGCACCAUUGCGAAUAUCCGGGUUAGUCUCUCAAUACGACUGGGGCCAUAACAAGUCUGUUUAUGCUUUAGACGAAGGCGAAUUCUGGGUGUUGAAUUUCACAGGAACUUGUUUGGGAUUAUUCGAUGACCUCGCUGUAUGGACGCGAGGCAUGACGAUGGGGGUUGCUAACUAUACCAAUAUUACCGGUGGGGCUUUAGAGCUCUAA